AUGGACAUGGCCAAGAUGAAGGACGGCCUUGGUGAGCUGCUGCCCAAGGCUCACAAGCCGCCUGCCAUUGGCCUGGUACUUGUCACAGAGGCUCAUGAAGAAAUACUUGAGGCGGCACCACAGUUCCUCCUCCUCCUCCUCCUGCUCCUCCUUCUCCGGUACUGGCACUGGCAUUGGGCUGAGACCUUGGAGCAGGGGGUCCAUGAGCAGCUCCAGGAGGGGGAGAAGCCCCACAAGUGCUCGGAAUGUGGGAAGAGCUUCAGGUGGAACUCCGAACUGAUCCGCCACAUGAGAAUCCACACAGGGGAACGGCCAUACAAGUGUGUGGAGUGUGGGAAGAGCUUCAGCACAAGCUGGGAACUGGCCAGACACUGCAGGAGUCACACAGGGGAACGGCCCUAUGAGUGUGCCACGUGUGGGAAGAGCUUCUGCGACCGCAGCAACCUGAUCAAACACCUGAGGAGCCACGCGGGGGAACGGCCCUACAUGUGUGAGGAGUGUGGGAAGAGCUUCAUCCGGAGCUCCCACCUGGCUGUCCACGUGAGGAGCCACAAUGGGGAGAGGCCCUAUGAGUGUGGGGAGUGUGGGAAGAGCUUCAUCCGGAGCUCCCACCUGGCUGUCCACGUGAGGAGCCACAAUGGGGAGAGGCCCUAUGAGUGUGGGGAGUGUGGGAAGAGCUUCAUCCGGAGGUCCCACCUGGCUGUCCACCUGAGAAGCCACAAUGGGGAGAGGCCCUAUAAGUGUGGGGAGUGUGGGAAGAGCUUCAGCCGGAGCUCCAACCUGGCUGUCCACAUGAGGAGCCACACUGGGGAGAAGCCCUAUGAGUGUGAGCAAUGCAGGAAGAGGUUUCUGAGCCAUUCCUAUCUCCUCCGCCACCAGCGCACUCACACAGAUGAGAGGCCCUUCUGCUGCCCUGACUGUGGGAAGGGCUUCAAGCACAAGUCCAGCCUCAUCAGGCAUCAUCACAUCCACACCGGGGAGAGGCCCUACGAGUGUCCCGAGUGUAGGAAGAGCUUCUCGCAGCGGUCUGCCUUGACCAGACACCAACGGAGCCACCACUAAGGGAAGCCGUGUGAGUGCCCAGAGUGUGGGAAGAGGUCUGUGUGCUGCUCCAGCUCCAUCCCCCACGGGAAGAUCUGCUCUGGAUGA